GGAUCCACAGCCUAGAUCGCCAUAUUCCAAGCGCUCAGUCGUGUCACGAACACGAUUGCGCGCGUGCGUUGGUGCUCGGUGACUAUCUGUUCCACACGCCGAUCGAAAGUCUCGAGAGAGGGUUCCUGUAUCGCCUUUUUUUUCGACGACGCUUCCUCUUUUAAGGUGGGAGACGACUUUCCUUGUAGCAGUCGAACGGUGUUUUCGGUGAGUCAACCAAGUGCUCGCUCUCUACGACUUUCUCGUAGGAAUCGUAAAAGUUGUAGCGUAAACGCGUCUGCGGCCAUUGUGUCAAAAAUCAUGGUGUCAAAGAAACAUCAUCGCUCCCUUCUCGAUAUGAGCAACGAAGGUAAUAAAGGACCGCCGAGCGCCAUAACGAUCGGCUUCUCGAUACUGACCCAUUUUCUGCUUGUGGCUCCAGUGAUAUAUAUCCUGGUAGUUGCCUUUGAGAAUUACAGUUUUUUCUCUUGGCAUCCGAUUUGCAUGUCCGUAGGGGUUGGUCUUCUGGUCACCGAAGCUGUGUUCAGCGUCUCCGGUGAGGCGUAUAUCUCUUGGAAACUACCCAGGCGUAACCGAGUGACGAUACACUGGAUUCUACAUACGAUUGGCCUGACCAUAAUCGGGAUCGGUUUUAUCAUCAUCAUCGUUAACAAAUUCAGGCACGAUAAAUCCCAUUUCGCCACGACUCACUCGCAGCUGGGUUUAACGACGAUCAUCCUGGCCGUGCUGGUCGCCGCUUUUGGAGUCUUGGCGAACAACACCGUCUGGAUAUAUCCGCGAGUAAGGCCGGUGCUCGUCAAGGUGGCUCACGCUUGCGGCGGCAUCGGCAUGACCGUUCUUUUACUGGCUACCCUCAUCAACGGCACCUACUCCCAUUGGUGGUCCGGCACCGAAACCGGAAGGGACUUGGUAUUCGCGUCCUUGUUCUUCGCCGGUGUCUUGAUACUCCUGAAACCGAUACUCGGCGCCGUUUCGAGAUGCAGAGUCAUAUUCGGACCACCAUCGAGCGACACUUAACGCCUCGUCGACAAAGUCUUGUCCGAAAGAAGAUUUAUCACGUCGAGAUACGGGCGAUAUGUCUGAGCGAGAGUUGUAAUUCAAAAGUAAGAUUUGUCUACUCGAUCGAUCAAUGAAAAAUUUAAAUUGCCGUUAUAGCAAUUAAAUCGAUUACUCAUGAAACCUGAAUUAGUGAAAUCUUGUUGAUUUGCAAUGCUUUAUUUAUAACUGUGAUCAUUAGUGACUACAUUUACUUCUUGAUUCCAAUUAAGAGAAUGAGGGCACACUCAUGACCGGAAUCAAUAUACUGAAAAACAGUAGAUAUUUCACUGAUUGAUAUAGUUAUAGAGCGCUGCAAUCGGACUGUCCAUUGUCAGUCAGUGAAUAACGCAUUCGAUUCCAAUUUUCAGAGAGUAGGUUUCGCUUGAAGAACUAAUGGUUACGAAAUAUAGUUUCGGCAAGUGACUUAUUCUCGACGCAACUCUCUUGUAGAAUACCCAGCGGAACGCGGUGAAAAGCCAAAGAUCAUAGAAUUAAUCUUGUUGUCUCGAGUGUUACGCCUUACCGAUCCCGUCGGCGAUGUUGUUUGUACGAAAUGAAAAUAGGUACUGUAUUAGAAAUCAAUCGUGAUGAAGGCCGUAAGGAUAGAGAUCUGACAGCACACUGUUAAACAUGUAUACCAACAUUUUAUUGAUUACACACGCAUCAUAAACAUUUAUUACACAUUACAAAUUUAUACAUAUAUGCGCGCGCAUGCAUAAUGUACAUUUGUGGAUGUGCUUGUAACAUAGAUAUAUAUUUUUUUACAAUGUAAUGUACAUAUAAUAAUAA